CUAUCUCAAUUACGCUACCCAAACCUCCCUCUCUCUCUCAAAUUAUCCCUCUAUAUAUAUAGACGCCCGACUUUACAUAACCCCUAGUCUUAAAGGGGCCACUCGACUCCGACCAUCUUCUGUCUCUACUCUUUCUCCUUCUUAGUAGAGCAUGACUGGAACCUUGAAUUCAAACAACACCACUACCAAAAUCAAAUUUCUCUACAGUUACGGCGGCAAACUCCUCCCUCGCCAAACAGACCUCAAGCUUCGCUACGUCGGCGGUCACACCAGAGUCCUCGCCAUUCAUCGUUCAAUCACAUUCGCAGAGCUGAUGGUGAAGUUCGGAGAGUUGUGUGGAUCGUCGGUGAGUUUGAAGUGUAAGUUGCCGGAGGAAGACCUAGACGUGUUGGUUUCGAUCACCUGCGACGAGGACCUCGCUAGUUUGAUUGAAGAAUACGAUCAAUUUUCGUCUUUCACACAUCAGGAUUUGAAGAUCAGAGCCAUACUCUUCCCGAUCAAUGCUCUCAAAACAAUCUCUCCUCCUCCGUCCACGGUAUCCAGUUUCGAACCCUCCGCUUCCAGAUCGCCACCGUACGCGGUCGCUGGAUCAUAUCUUGUACCUACACAUGCGUCGGCUUAUCGAAGCGGUGGCCGGAGUUUCUCGCCGGCCGUUGCAUUUCCCUCCGGUUUCCGGAAAGACGCCGGGAAAGUCCGGCGUUGUCCUUCCUGUGAACGUGAAAAUCCUAGGAAUUACCUUUUUCCUUAGAAGGAUAUUAAAACCCUAAUUUUUGAAAAAUGGGCACUCAAUGCAAAUACAAACUAUAUACAAUAGAAAAUCUAUAAAAUUUAUUCAAAUUGAAAAAAAAAAUCUUUUUCUUUUGGGAACAAAUUUUUAUAUUCUCUUUUUUCGAGUUUGAUUUGUGGCAAUGAGACGAUUAUCACUCCGUUUGCGGGCGUUUAUCUUUAUUUGUCGAUGAGAGUUUCAAUUUUCAAACAUUUGGUGUGCCAAACACGUGUAAGUUUUUAUUGAUCUGUAAUUAUUUUUAAUUAUAGUAUUUAACACAUUUAUUUGGUGAUUGGCAGGUUAAUAAAGGGGGAAUCUGACCAUUGAGAAUAUUUAUUAUUCUCAAGUAAAUUCUUUUGCUUUGGACAACUGGCGAAAGUUCGAGAGGUUUUGUGAAAGGCCCUAAACUGAUUCUGAAUAUGACAUCCAUCAAUUAGAGAUGAUGUGACAGUAUAAGUCGUGAAUGGCUAAGUCUAAUCAAGUGUUCUCUUUAUAUUUA